AUGGCGCAGCUGGCUGGUGCUGGCCCUGGAAGUCACCGCUGGUUUUACUGGCCUUUACUGUAUGUCACGUCAUCAUUGAAACAAGAGGACAAGCUUCUCAUAUGCUGUGCAUGUGUGUGUGUGCGCGAAUUUGUAUCAUAUAAUCAGCUGCAACUCAAGAUGGUCAAAGACUUGAACGUGGGGAAUCGUGGUGAAUCCCCAGUGCCGUGUGUGGGCGCUCGUGUGGUGUCGCAGCUCGCCUGGUACUGCUCUGAAGCUGAGAAGGAUGUUCAAACGCAGGACCUUAAGUUGUUCACUUUGACAAGACUUAAAGACGUGGGCGAGGGAACAGCUCUCAAACCAGGCCAGAACAGCUGCAGGGACAGUGACAGCGAGAGCGCCAGCGGAGAAUCCAAGGGCUUCCACAGGAGCAGCUCUCGGGAAAGGCUCAGUGAUAGUUCAGCUCCUUCCAGCUUGGGAACAGGCUACUUCUGUGACAGCGACAGUGACCAGGAAGAGAAGGCAUCAGAUGCCAGCUCUGAAAAGCUCUUCAAUACUGUUAUUGUAAACAAAGAUCCGGAGUUAGGUGUCGGCACACUACCCGAACAUGACAGCCAGGAUGCAGGCCCGAUUGUCCCCAAGAUAUCGGGUCUAGAGAGAAGCCAGGAGAAGAGCCAGGACUGUUGCAAAGAGCCGAUCUUUGAGCCCGUGGUGCUUAAAGACCCCUGCCCUCAGGUCCCUCAGCCGCCACCCCAGCCGCAGGCCGAGCCCCAGCCCCGAGCUCCCUCUCCAGACCCUGACUUGGCGCGGCGCACGGAGGCCCCGCCUCAGCCCCCACGGCCAAGCACACAGCCGCCCCAGGCGCCCCCAGAGGCCCAGCUUCAGCCGGCCCCUCAGCCUCCUGUGCAGAGGCCGCCCAGGCCGCAGUCCCCCACCCAGCUUCUCCAUCAGAGCCUCCCGCCUGUGCAGGCCCACCCCUCGGCCCAGAGCCUCUCCCAGCCGUUGUCCGCCUACAACAGCAGUAGCUUAAGCCUCAACAGCUUAAGCAGUAGCAGAAGCAGCACCCCAGCGAAGACUCAGCCCGCCCCGCCUCACAUCUCUCACCACCCUUCGGCCUCCCCGUUCCCCCUCUCACUGCCCAACCACAGCCCCCUGCACAGCUUCACGCCCACCCUCCAGCCUCCCGCACACUCACAUCACCCCAAUAUGUUCGCCCCUCCCACGGCUUUGCCUCCGCCACCACCUCUGACUUCAGGGGGUCUGCAGGUCUCCGGACACCCGGCCGGAAGCACUUACUCAGAGCAAGACAUCUUGCGACAGGAACUGAACACACGUUUUCUGGCGUCUCAGAGUGCUGACCGCGGGGCGUCCCUGGGCCCCCCGCCCUACCUGCGGACCGAGUUCCACCAGCACCAGCACCAACACCAGCACACGCACCAGCACACGCACCAGCACACCUUCACACCGUUCCCCCACGCCAUCCCGCCCACCGCCAUCAUGCCGACGCCAGCACCUCCCAUGGUGCGUACCCCAGGCAGAAAUUUUGACAAAUACCCUACAAAAGUUGACCCAUUCUACCGGCACAGUCUCUUCCAUUCCUACCCUCCUGCAGUAUCGGGCAUCCCCCCUAUGAUUCCGCCCACUGGUCCUUUCGGUUCACUCCAAGGAGCAUUUCAGCCGAAGACAUCCAACCCUAUCGAUGUUGCCGCUCGACCCGGGACAGUCCCUCACACUCUGCUCCAGAAGGACCCUAGGUUGACAGAUCCUUUCAGACCUAUGUUAAGGAAACCAGGGAAGUGGUGUGCUAUGCAUGUUCACAUCGCCUGGCAGAUCUACCACCACCAACAGAAGGUCAAGAAACAGAUGCAGUCAGACCCACAUAAGCUGGACUUCGGAUUGAAACCUGAGUUCCUGAGCCGCCCCCCAGGCCCCAGCCUCUUUGGAGCCAUCCACCACCCCCACGACCUGGCCCGGCCUUCAACUUUGUUCUCUGCCGCUGGUGCUGCACACCCAACCGGGACCCCUUUUGGGCCACCGCCUCAUCACACCAACUUCCUUAACCCUGCCGCUCACCUGGAGCCUUUUAACCGUCCGUCGACGUUCACUGGCCUCGCAGCGGUUGGUGGCAACGCCUUCGGGGGACUUGGAAAUCCUUCAGUUACACCCAACUCAGUGUUCGGCCACAAGGAUGGCCCCAGUGUGCAGAACUUUAGCAGCCCUCACGAGCCCUGGAACCGGCUGCACCGAACGCCUCCGUCGUUCCCGACCCCUCCGCCCUGGCUGAAGCCAGGCGAGCUGGAGCGUAGCGCGUCCGCUGCAGCUCAUGACAGAGAUAGAGAUGUAGAUAAACGAGACUCAUCCGUUAGUAAAGAUGACAAAGAAAGGGAAAGCGUUGAGAAAAGACACUCCAGCCACCCUUCACCAGCACCUGUCCUCCCGGUGAGCACCCUGGGACAUAACCGUAGCUCCGCCGAACAGAUCAGGGGUCAUUUGAACACUGAGGCUCGUGAGAAAGACAAAUCCAAAGAGAGGGAGAGAGACCACUCAGAAUCCCGCAAGGACCCGACCGCCGAGGAGCACAAGGCGAAGGAGGGCCACCUGCCGGAGAAGGACGGCCACGGCCACGAGGGGCGGGCCACGGGCGAAGAGGCCAAGCAGCUGGCCCGGGUGCCGUCACCCUACGUGCGGACCCCCGUGGUGGAGGGCGCCAGACCCAACAGCACCUCGAGCCGCGAGGCCGAGCCGCGCAAGAGCGAACCUGCCUACGAGAACCCCAAGAAGAGCUCGGAGGUCAAGGUGAAGGAGGAGCGCAAGGAGGAGCACGACCUGCCUCCCGAGGCCCCGCAGGCCCACCGGUCUUCGGAGCCCCCUCCUCCGAACUCCUCGGCCAGCGUGCACCCGGGGCCCCUGGCCUCGAUGCCCAUGACGGUGGGGGUGACGGGCAUUCACCCCAUGAACAGCAUCAGCAGCCUGGACAGGACUCGCAUGAUGACCCCGUUCAUGGGCAUCAGCCCCAUCCCGGGCGGAGAGCGGUUCCCGUACCCUUCUUUCCACUGGGACCCCAUCCGGGACCCUCUGAGGGAUCCCUACCGAGAACUCGACAUCCACCGGAGAGACCCGCUGGGCAGGGACUUCCUGCUGAGGAACGACCCCCUGCACCGGCUCUCCACCCCGCGGCUCUACGAAGCCGAGCGCUCCUUUAGGGACCGGGAGCCCCAUGACUACAACCACCACCACCACCACCACCACCACCCGCUGUCCGUGGACCCGCGGCGGGAGCACGAGCGCGGGGCUCACCUGGACGAGCGGGAGCGCUUGCAGAUGCUCAGAGAGGACUACGAGCAUGCGCGGCUCCACCCCGUGCACCCCGCCUCCCUGGACGGACACCUGCCGCACCCCAGCCUCCUCACCCCGGGGCUUCCCAGCAUGCACUACCCCAGGAUCAGCCCCACCGCGGGGCACCAGAACGGACUGCUCAACAAGACCCCUCCGACGGCGGCGCUGAGCGCGCCCCCCCCGCUCAUCUCCACGCUGGGGGGCCGCCCGGUCUCCCCCAGAAGGACUACGCCUCUGUCUGCAGAGAUGAGGGAGAGGCCUCCUUCCCAUACCCUGAAGGAUAUCGAAGCUCGGUAAGGAGGGCAGGACGCGAGGGAGGAGAGACCGCGUCCACACCGACGCGGCGCCAGGCCCGGGGCGGGGAGCGAGAGCGGACCUGACCGACCUGGGGGGGCCCGCGCGCCCCCGCCUCCUCCCCCUGUAAAAAAUGUAUAGACUCAAGUGCAGAUUUUGAAAUGUUUUUUUGUAUAUGAUAUGUUGAAAUUUUUCAGAUCUUUUAGCCAAGUUCUAUGUUCUCAUGUUCUCUAACUCUUUUGGGUUCUGGUAUAAAACUUUGAUUUGAACCAAAACAGUGAAGAUGACAGACACACACCGACGCGGUGGUGAUUGGGGGGAGGGGGAAGCAAACAGCAGUCCACAAGCCCAUCCUGCGAAGCUCCUUCGGAUCAGAAGGGAAGGCCAUGUACAUAGUUAUGUUAAAAAAAAAAAAAAAAAAAAAAACACACAAAAACCACAAAAACCA